AUGUCUUAUAAUACGCUGGCCUUCUGUGUGUUUUCUUUCCUGGCCUUCUCUUCGGCCUGCUACAUCCAGAACUGCCCCAUUGGAGGGAAGCGUUCCACCUUGGAUGUGGAAGUCAGGAAGUGUAUCUCUUGCGGGCCUAGAAACAGAGGACAUUGCUUUGGACCGAACAUCUGCUGUGGAGAAGACCUGGGCUGCUACUUUGGCACCGCAGAGACUCUGAGAUGUCAAGAGGAAAACUUUCUGCCGACCCCUUGCGAGUCCGGGAAGAAGCCGUGUGGAAACAACGGUGGAACCUGCGCCUCGUCGGGGAUUUGCUGCAACCACGGUGAGGCCAUUCUAGGGCGCCCUUUUCCUAACCAGUCCCUCAACCCCCAGUCAGCUCGUUUCCGUGGCUAG